UCUCAGGCCGCCGCGACGUUUGCGGGCACCGGGUCCUGGGGAAGGGAGGACGAUGUGCCAGAGGAGCGCCGGCGGCAGCGGCCUAAAGUGAGCCUUAAGGCCGUGCGAGCGAAGGCGUCGCCGCCGAGUCAGCCCCGGCGCCCGGUUUCCUCGGCGCCCGUCCGGCUGGCCCCGCCGCUCUGGCCCCGUCAGGCCCCUUUUCUCUGCGCUGCGGCGGGCGGAGGCGGCGGAAAGAAAAGCCCAUGGAAGGGAACCGGGACGAGGCGGAAAAAUGCAUCGGGAUCGCGCGAGAGGCCCUGGAAACCGGCAACCGAGAACGGGCGCUGCGUUUCCUCAAUAAGGCCCAGAAGCUCUAUCCGACAGAGACCGCCAAGGUGUUAUUGGAGGCAAUUAUGAAAAAUGGGAGUGCUGCUGGAAGUGGUACUCACUGUCGAAAACCAGCAAGUAAGAAUGAUAAAAGUAAAACUAACAGCAUGAAGGACAGCAGUGCAUCUGCUGCAGGUGAACUUGGCAAGACUUACACCAAGGAGCAAAUUGAAGGAGUACAAAGCAUAAAAAUAUGUAAGAAUUACUAUGAGGUCCUUGGAGUGUCAAAAGAUGCAGGUGAAGAAGACUUGAAGAAAGCUUAUAGAAAGCUUGCUCUGAAGUUUCACCCUGACAAAAAUCAUGCACCGGGAGCAACAGAAGCUUUUAAAAAGAUUGGAAACGCAUAUGCUGUGUUAAGUAAUCCAGAAAAACGCAAACAGUACGAUCUCACAGGCAGCGAAGAUCCCUGCAAUCAGCCAGGCAAUGGUAGAUUUAACUUCCACAGGGGAUGUGAAGCAGAUAUCACCCCAGAGGACCUCUUCAACAUGUUCUUUGGAGGAGCCUUUCCAACAGGAAGCGUACAUUCUUUUUCUAAUGGACGGUCUGGGUUUAGUCACGAUAAUCAGCAUCGUCAUAGUGGACACGAAAGAGAAGAUGAAAGGGGUGACGGAGGGUUCUCCAUGUUCAUUCAGUUGAUGCCAAUUAUUGUGCUGAUCUUUGUUUCUUUACUUAGCCAGUUGAUGGUAUCUAAUCCUCCUUAUUCCUUAUAUCCAAGAUCGAGUUCAGGGCAGACUAUCCAGAUGCAGACAGAAAAUCUGGGUGUUGUUUAUUAUGUCAACAAGGACUUUAAAAAUGAAUACAAAGGUCUAAAUUUGCAAAAGCUGGAAAAGAGUGUAGAAGAAGACUAUGUUUCAAAUAUUCGAAAUAACUGUUGGAAGGAAAGACAACAAAAAACCGAUUUACUCUAUGCAGCAAAAAUUUAUCGGGAUGAUCGCCUACGAAAGAAAGCAGAAGCUAUUUCCAUGGACAACUGCAAAGAGCUAGAACGAUUAACCAGUAUCUAUCGAGGAGGAUGAGCUAAAUUUUUGACCUAUACUGCUUGAAGUACAUGCUUUCUAAGAAAAAUACUAUUUCAUCAUGACAACUGAAAAGGAGAGAUGUAAAAAAUUCACUCUGUAGCUAUUUCCAAAACCUUACCCUGAAGUUUCAGUAUCAUUUAAUAGCCUCUUUGUGUAGUCUGAAACAUAGGACAACGAUUGUUUGCAUCAUUGAAUUGUCCUUAAUAUUUUACUCCCAAAACUUCUGAACUUUUCCACAAGAAAGAAAGCAUUUUGGACAAGCACUUCCACUAGAAAUGUAGAUGUAGUGGUUCUCUUAUUCAAAUACUUGCCAUGUAAAUAUAUGUGAGACAAUUACUUAUAUGUAUAUAAAAAUGUUAUGGACAUCUGAAGGCAUUUAGAAUAUUAAAAGUUUCAAUCUUAAUAGGUGGAAUAAAUAAUAUGACUACAUUAUUAUUCAGAUGUCAGGUAGGUGGAACUAAAGAAAAUUGAGGUUUUAGGUUUCUUUUUUCAUUUAUUUUCUCCUCAUUAACAAAAUUAAGAUCGGUGCUGGAAGAGAGAAAUGUUGCAUAUUGAAUGUACUUGAGUUCCUAAUAGCAGAAUAUUUUGGUAUUCCAAAAGAAAUCAAUUAAGCAAAAGCUGUUUUUCAGGCUCCUCCUUAGUUUGAUUUUUAUUUCACUUUUAUUUAAAUAAUAAUCAUCCAAUAAUUUUUUUUAAUCAGCUCCAAUUUCUAUUUUGCUAUCAAAAAUCAGUUAAGACAGUUGUUCUUAAAGUUCAGCCUUGUGCCUUUAUUUUGUGGUUAGUUGGUUCAUCUUAUUUCUGAAUUGUUGUCAUCAAUAUUAAUAGAAGGCAUGGUCUUGUUCAAGGAUGUUAGAUAAAGUCAUACUGUAGCAAGUUCAGGUCACAUGUAUAUGAAGGGUUGGCACUAACGAUAAAAGUGAUCUAAAGAUCAUUUAUGACAUACUGCUUAUAUAACCACUUUUGCCAGUUUAAAUUUAAUGUGAUUUUGAAAGAACUGAAGAUAAGACAUGGAAUUUCAGAACUGAAUUUAUAUGUUUAUAAGCUACCAUAUAACUAAUACAGAAAAAUAUUUAUUUUUUACAGCCAAUGUGGGAUAGACUAGAAAGUAGCUUUCACAUGAAUCGGCACAUCACUGUAAAAUAAGGAUGCCAUUUUUAACUGAAAGAUAGUACUUCAGACUUAUUUCAGUGAAAUAACUUGCAUUGUGGUCUGCUACCUAUAAAGUUUAGUUUUGAAAACCUGUAAUUGUUCAUAGGUGGCGCUUAAAUUUCUUAGUACUGACUCAUAAGGUCACAUGAACAGUUUCAUUACUGCUAGGGAACAAAAGCCUAACCAAUAUGUGAGGGGCUUUUCUUUUAAACAGAUAAGUAUAAAGCCACAUUGUUUCAGAACUGCUAUUUUAAUAGUAUUUCAACAUUUUUGUAAAAAGAGAGAAAUGUGAAAUGAGUUUUGG